AGUAGACUUCUGGGACCUGGGGAAAGGUCUGCUCUUUACUUCAUAUAUUCUGAGAGCCACCGUGCCCCUUGGUGUGGAUGCCAAUGCUGAAUGAGGUGGCCCUGGUGACUAGGAUGGCAUCCUCUCCGAAGGCCUGGGGUACCCUGGUGGUCCUGCUGUGCCUGCAGCACAGGCCACUUGUGCAAAGCAAGUACACUUCCAGACGGGAGUUCAUGGACAAGCACCACCUAAGUCCAACCCAUGAAUUCAGUGCAUACAAGUGCACUGUCCUCAUGAGUGAGAAAGAUCUGCAAGCCGAGGUCUCUCACCUGUUUAUUUAUAUAUCAUGGUAUAAAGUUGAGCAUAUUUGCGUUAGUGGGAAUUGGAAAGAUCGCUACAAAAACUCCUAUGUUUGGGCCCAGACUCCCAUCAAAGUACUUGAGUGUCACUGGGAUAGUUUCAAAAACAGCUACAUGGAGAGCAGGAGUUACAGCUAUGUUCAAUUCCAUUGCAACAUGGACGGAUAUGUGGAUGACAUAGAAGACAUGAAGAUCAUAGAGACAAUUGUCUACUAGCAGUCUAGCCAUUCCUCGCUUUGGAAGGGUAUUGGUUCUCAUGUGUCAGUCCCUGGCAACAUCAAUAGCUGCUGUUACUUCCCACUUGUGUUUGUGUAUCAAUGUUUCCAAUGACUAGAGUCCUGUACCGCAUAGUUUCUUGACAUUAUAAUUGUGUUCAUGUU